UACACGCGCACAGUGGCGAUGCUGCUCGACCGACUCCCUGUGGGAGAGUGAAGUGAACCAUAGACUGCGGACUUGACUUGAACUGAACUGAUACGAGGAUUACCAAUCAGUGGAUAGAACUAUAGACUGAGUCGAAGCGAAGUCUGAACAAAGCCUGAACGAAGCCCUCCCAUAUAGGAUAACUUUUGUUAGCCCAUUUUGUGUACAAAAACAAUAACUUCAAAAGCAAGCAUCAGGAUGCAGGAACUAACGAGGGUCUGCGAACUGAACAACAACAGCAUCCAUAACAAGGUGAAGACAACGGCAACUCCCCCAGUCAGCAGUCUGGAGCCGCUGCUGCCCAUCAAGCUGGAGCAUGACCAUGAUCUGGAGUCCUGGCUGCCCGCAAUAGAUCACGGCCACCUGCGCCUAGACAUGAACACCACCCGACUGCUACUGCAGGGAUCCGACGAUCCCUUGAUUUCGCACGGCGCCUCCAACGAUGCCCACGACGAGGACCAUCCCUUCAAGACAUUGCUGGCUCGCAAGACUGCCAGCCAGGAGCAGCAGCAGCAGCACCAGCAGCACAACGGCACCUGCAGCCCGCUCACCAAGCAGCAGCUAAAGGCCAACCUGUUGAUGGGGAACCGGAAGAUUCACAGGUCACAGGCUACGCCUCAGCUGGCCGCUCCGGAAGAGUCACAAAUUCCACUCACACAAAAGACACCGCGACCUGCUCCAGGUCAAAACAGGUCCAAGAAGCGUACGAACUCCGCGGGAGCCAUGAAGCUGCGCUUCCAUCACCAGGCGCUGCCUGCGGAGUAUGCGGCCCACUACGAGGCAACCCAGUGUCGGCCGCCGCCCAGACCCGUGCUGCCGCCGCCGCCUCCGCCUCCUAGCCAGGCCCACGAAAACGUGCGCAGCUGGCUGAGGAAGAUAGCCGAGAUCCAGCGCAGCGCAGAGCGCCAGCAACAGAAACAGGCAUCCGCUAGGAAGGACUCGCCUGUAAUGCGCCCUACACCCUCCGCCGCAGUGCCACCCCCCACAAAGGCGCCAGAGGUGACCCCAUCCCCGAAGCGGGGUGCCCUAAAGUACGCAGAUCUGCCCUACAUGGGAGAGCUCACCCUCGACAACUACAAGCCACGACGCGGACGAAAACCGAAGAAGGCCGACAUCUGCCACCUGAUCUACAAGAACUACGGCACCAUCGUGCCAGCUACAGCCACCGUGAGUCUGCCAGUGAAUGCCCCUCUGCCGGAGACUACCGGGCAUGGAGCCUCGUCCACGACAGUGAUACCGGAGGAGCCCCUAAAUCUCUGCCUGCGGGACCAGAGCAGUGAUCGCUACUCCAUCUCUAGUGGGGACAGCGACAAGCCAACGCCGACGACAACGACAGCCACCACAGACUGCGGAAGCUCGUCCCAUCGAACGACGCCUCUGAGCGCAGUCAAACCCCUGACCUUGGAGCUGGUCGGGGGGCAGGAGCAGCCCCUGGUCGCCUCCAAGCUACUGUUGCAGCCUGUGGGGCUUUACUACCAGCAGCUGAUGGAGUCCUGCAGCUUGGGAGGCUUGCCCGUGCCCGUCGAGACCAUCGAAAAAGACAACCAGCUCUCGCUGAAGAUACCCAUACCGAGUGGGUUCUUUGCGAACGAGGCCAUGCCCCUGCCCCUGGCUCUGCGGAAGAGGAAACGCUCUGCUAUCUUUAUACCGCCCAUGCCUGCCGAGCACUCGUCGAGCCCCUCCACGGAGGUGAGCAUCUGUAAGUUCAAGUUCACGGGCGGGGCCAAGCCAACUCUGCAAGAGAAGAAGAUGCUGUCGGUGGACGCCGAGGGAAACUACCGGUACUACAACGGCACCGGCGACAAGACCUUGAGGGGCUACGAAUUUAUCUCCCGGGAUCAGCAGCAACAGCAACAACAACAUCAGCAGCAGCAACAACAGGGUCAAGCCCCAGGACAGGAGAAACUUUAUGUGGACAUACCACCACCUUCCACUGAUCUCAGCCUGGAGCUUCUCCAAAUACCACCCGAGUCGCCCACAUCGUCGCUGCUCCUCUCCAGCGGCAAUAGCCUCGUUCCCGCAAUUUCACAACACAGUCCCGCCUCCAGCGUUCAGAGCCCCAUGCUCGCCGCCAUGUUUCCGAGCUUGCCGCCUGUCAAACCCUCGACUGAGAGCGAAAGGAAGCGUCGGAGCUCGCGUCGGUCCAAGCAGCGGGAGAAGCUGGAAAAGACAUUCAAGGAGAAAGGCUUCCUCAUCCAGACCCAGCAACUGCAAUCUGCCGAGGGCGCAACCUACUGCAAGUUCAGGCAGCUAAAGAAGUUCACGCGCUACCUAUUCCGAAACUGGAAGGAUCACAUACCAGAUAGUGAUCUCGUCAAGCACCAGAGCGGUGGCAGGGAAGACGACGGUGUCAUCGACAGCCUGCUGGGGCUGGAGAGUUUAGCCAGCCCGACCACAUGAAGCUGUCAAUAGUUUCUGAAACACCACACAAAGCACUGCCAAAGAUUUUUAGGUUUUUUUAUGAUUAAGUUAUUUUCAACCGUGCUUAUAUAGUUGGCCUCCACGUCUUACACGGGCUAAAGCGAUCUUUUUUUGUUAGGUUUAAGACGAAACGAUUGCCGAUUAUUCCGUCCAUGCAGGCUGCUCCACAAGAUGGGGAUCCAUGAUCUAUAAUCCACAGUGACGCCUCCUAGUCGUUCAUUAGUUUUUUUUCUUAGCGCUUAACGAUGUUAUUGUUAACAAAUAAAGUCAAUGUUUAAC